GCAGGAGCCGAAAAUGUAUUUGAUGAUGCUUAAUAGCUAACUGGCUCGGCAGUCGGUCCCGAAGGCGGCUGCGUACGCCAAUGCGACAGAAAGGAGAUCCAGAACAAUGGUUCCCGUAUAAGGUAUUAACUCAGUAAGGCUACAAAUAAGAUUGGCAUUUCUAAAGAUCUAGAAGGAAUUGAGGUUGUAUUAGUAUCACCUCGAUAUGCGUACGGAUGCAGAUACUCCGGCUGGAAGGAUAGGUGCAUCGUAUGUUUGUCCAACCAGACUCUUCAAUAAGGGAUUGCGCACAUACUGUUAACGUAUCAGGCAGCACGUUUCGUUUAAGAAAAAAACUGACGUUUAUUAAGAGUUUUAUUAAGAGUUGAAGUUCGAUUGAAAUGAUUAUUAUUUAUUAACCUCCUAUCAUCUCUCCGAAGACCUCCACAAGUCAUCUAACGCGUCAUCCUUUCGACAUCAAAAUCCCCAGCGCUAAACCAUCUAAGACUCGCGAAGAUGAGGCUCGGUAUUAGUUAUAUAGGUCUUUUCUUCGUGAGCUUUGCGCUGGCUCAAUCAGGUCCCCCCAAGGGACCUACCGCCAAAGAUGUCGAAUGCAGAGCAGGCCUCCCUGCUAAUUGCAAAGAAGGCAAGACCACUUUCACAUUCGAGCCAGACACUUUGGAAAUGAACUUGCGCAAUUAUUCAUUCAUGGGAAAUUAUCAUGGAAACCCUGGUUUCUGGGGCAGUGCCACAUGGGCUGCUAAUUUCACCAACUGGCCAUCUAACUAUCGCUUCGCCCUGACCGACCUAUCGUACUACGGACUCUUUAACUCAAGCGAUGGUAUUCAACUUUACCGAUUGAGGACUGAAGCCGUUCUAGAUAGCGAUGUUCCGACUGAUGGUUUGAAUACUACUUCGACGUUGUUCGAUAUAGUGUCUAAAGUCGCGGUGGGUGGAAAUGGUACUUUCGAAGACUACUUCAAAGUGAAUGCUGAGAACUCCGGCCUAGUAUGGUCUCCUUGCUUCGAUAGUUCAAUCAACGCAGCAAUUACAGUUACCGUCGAUGCAGACGUGCGAGAUAAGGGGAUUGGCCCUUGGAUUUGGGGCGGAUUUAGAAAGGGGUUGACUCUUACUUGGGGCGUCGCCUGGGAAGAAUGUUAAGUGAUUGUCUACGACGUUGUUGAUGUUCAGUUUUCUUCCCCGCGUAUCUAAAUACCUAAAAAAUCUGCCUCUUUUACAAUACCACCAGACAAACAAAGAAGUAUCAAGAAGUACGUAGAGCGGAAUUCCCCCCACCAACAAGCCGUUCUAAUAG